ACUGUUCUCACGUUGUUUAGAAUCUCAUUCUGAAUGAAGACGGAGAUUUGAGUGGUUGAUUCGUUAGGAGACACGGAAGACAAGUGACUUCAAAUUUUACUCGACAAUCUAUAGACAUUGCUAAUACAUCUUUUGGACAAUUAAAUUAAUGUUAUAUUCAUAUUUUAAAUCAGUUGUUUAAAGUACAAUCUAGAACCCAUCAUGAGACUAGAAAGCUGUCUUUUUCUUCUGCUGAACUUGGCAGUGUCAUCAGCAGUCUCCCUCCCUACAGUAGAGAUGGAGAUAGUUGAUGUUAAUGAAAGUGACAACAUCAAAGAGGAUUUAACGCUUGAUGAUAUCCGAGAGCCGCUAAACCUUCAAAGGAGCACCAUUCUACCUGGAAACAAUCUAUGGACAUCUCCAGUUUCUUACAUAUUGGAUAGCGGCCUGGACUUGAACGCCAAAGGAGUCAUCAUGAGAGCCUUUGACCAGUUCAGAGUGAAGUCAUGCAUCGAUUUCAAACCCCGUGACUCUGAGGACUAUUACCUAAAGAUCCAAAAGUUAGAUGGGUGUUGGUCAUAUGUUGGUAGAUUAUUCGCCAAUGGACAGGACCUCUCUAUUGGUGCACGCUGUGAUACCCUUGCCACUGUUGAGCAUGAGAUUCUUCAUGCUCUUGGCUUCUACCAUGAACAGUCUAGAUUCGACAGAGAUGAUUAUGUGCAAAUUGUAUAUGCCAACAUCAUGACAGAUAAAGAGCAUAAUUUCAGAAAGGUUGCCAGCAAUGAGAGCACCGUCCAUGGCACCCCAUAUGACUACAUGUCAGUGAUGCACUAUGGAAAGGAUGCGUUCACUAAUGGCAAUGGCUCAACAAUUAUUACCAUAGACCCUAAAUUCCAAGAUGUGAUCGGUCAAAGGCUUGAGAUGAGUCCUUACGAUGCUAAAGAGCUGAACCUCCUCUACAGCUGCAAUGAAACUGUUGCUUUUAAGUUUUUCUGUAGCUUUUCUAAUGGAACAAUGUGCAAUAUGAACCGCUGUUCAACAAAUGGAAGUGGCUGGGAAGUGGUUACACAAGCUCAUGGAGGUCCAAGCUCCGACCACACCAGUCUGCCAAGUGGAAGUGGAGACAAUGCUCAACAAAAGGGGCACUUCAUCCAUGCGAGCACGGCCUCAGGUCAGGAGGGAGAUUCGGCCAAACUGGAAACUGAGGUAAUGAAGCUGAACAGGGGAUGUAAUGUCCAGUGUCUGCAGUUCUACUAUUUCCACAGUGGAGCUGAGUCAGAUGAACUUAAUAUCUGGAUAAGAGAGUUUGAAGAUGAACAGGACGCCACAGGAACUCCUCGUCUCAUGGGGCAGAUUACUGGUUCACCAACAUCUCACUGGAAGCUCCACCAUGUUUCCUUGAAUGCCACUAAGCCCUUCCAGGUUGUUUUUGAAGCUCGCAAAGGAGCAGGAAGCUCUACUGGAGGCUUCUCUGUCGAUGACAUCAAUCUCUCAGAGACAGAGUGUCCACAUGUUUUCAUACAGAUCGAUGACCUGGAGAAUCGUUUGAACACAAGCAGCUCUGGAACCAGAAUCUACAGCCCACGACAGUACUCUAAAGACGGCUAUGCGUACCGUGUAGCUGUUAUACUUUACAAAACAUAUGUUGGGAUGUUUGUAGGACUCUUGUCUGGUGAAUUUGACGACCAACUGCAGUGGCCUUGCCUCCAAAGACAAAUGAUUUUCCAAUUGCUGGAUCAAACUCCUAACCAACAACUGCAAAUGUCAAAGCAACGGACUCUCAUUUCUGCAAGUGGUUCCUCUGUCUGGGACAAUCCCAGAGAAACUGGAAGUCCAGUUUUUUAUGAAAAUGAUGAGUUAGUCUAUGGUGGAAAUCUAUAUGGGCACUCACCUUUUACAACCUUGGAAGAACUGCAAACCAGAGAGUUCCUCAAGGGAGGAAGUGCCAUUUUCAUGUUUAACUUUGAAGAUCUCACCCCACUGAUCAAUGGAACUAGUCUACCUUGUCCUCAGUUAAGACCAGUGAGCAUAACAAAUCCUCAGAGAAUUCUGGAUGAAGGUCCAUGCUCGCCACGAAACGUAUCUUCCACCAGUCAACCUACUGAGACAACAAAUGACUGGACUGCAUCUACCACCCAUCCUCCUUCCACUACAGACAACAGCACCUCAUCUACCACCCAUCCACCUACUACUACAGACUACAGAAUCUCAUCUACCACCAUAACACCCCCUCCAACAACCACAGACGUCAGCACCUCAUCUACCACCCAUCCAUCUACUACUACAGACUACAGAAUCUCAUCUACCACCAUAACACCACCUCCAACAACCACAGACGUCAGCACCUCAUCUACCACCCAUCUACCUACUACUACAGACUACAGCACCUCAUCUACCACCUAUCCACCUACUACUACAGACUACAGAAUCUCAUCUACCACCAUAACACCACCUCCAACAACCACAGACGUCAGCACCUCAUCUACCACCCAUCCACCUACUACUACAGACUACAGAAUCUCAUCUACCACCAUAACACCACCUCCAACAACCACAGACGUCAGCACCUCAUCUACCACCCAUCCACCUACCACUACAGACUACAGCACCUCAUCUACCACCCAUCCACCUACUACUACAGACUACAGAAUCUCAUCUACCACCAUAACACCCCCUCCAACAACCACAGAUGUCAGAAUCUCAUCUACCACCAUAUCACCACCUCCCACUUCCACAGACGUCAGCACCUCAUCUACCACUCAUCCACCUACUACUACAGACAACAGUCCUUUGGGCUUCUGUCCUGGUAUGGUGGCCUCUCCAAUCUUCACAGUCCUGCUGGCAUUGAUCCAUUUGUUGCAAUGAUUUAAAUCUUUGUUUCUUAUUUGAAAUGUAUCAUAGGUAUAUAUAAACUUGAUUUAAUUACAGUGCAGGACUGCAGUUCAUAAUUGGUUAUGACGCUAUAAGUUAAUUCUUCAACAGCAAAUCAGGAAGCUGUCCAACGUUUUAAGAGAUCAGCAUAUAAUUCCUAAACCUGUGGUUCUUAUUCAACAAUUUUCGGUGAUGGGAUUGUAUUUUUGCUCACCAUAUAACAGCCUGUUUAUUGCAAAAUGCUGCAAAAGCCUGUUUGAAGCAUAGAUUUGUUUUCACCAUUGUAGAUGCACCUGUUUAAAACUCCUAAAGUUUAGAAUCAAGCUCACAAUAUUCUGUUUCAAUCAAAUAUGAGUGAUAUUUUUCCUUGCACAAAGUUUGAGUAUAUACAUAUAAAGUAAUUAAAUGAA